UGCGCUCACCCCGCAGCAUGAGAUCCGCUGGCUUACCACCUUAACCCGACGGGACGUAAUGACCGGAAGCACAAAUGUGCCAAGUUUAGUAUUUAUCCAAGGGCAUGCUGGAUCAGAUCUGAUGUGUCAAUGUCAGCAAUAGCUGUCGCAAACCCGCAAAGUCAUCAGAACCUUAUCAGCAAUAUGAAUAUGAGGAGGGUCGGAUAUCAAGAUUGCAGUGCCUCAGACAAGCGAUCUAAAGAUGUUUGCAAGAGUGGUCCACAUAAGAGCUUCGCCAGGAUGACUCAACCUGUGUUGGCAGAGUGAAUGACGAGAUGGUAUUAUAGAUGCUAGAUAAAAGACCGUCAAUAUGCUCAUCUAUCAGAUACUGAUCGAUAUCCAUUUGCAUCAGAAAAAUAACAAAGUUAUCGUCAUGAAAUGAGCAACUUGCUUCAUUUCUGAAUUCGGAAGUUCCCGUUGAAGCCACGUUUGCUUACGCAAUCGGCCGUCGUGUAUUUCCGAGAGGCUUCGGGAAUUCCCGUUGAGACACGGUUGCUUAUUCAAUUUGUUCUUGAUGUCUGUGAUAACCCGCAGCGUCAACAACCGCCAGCCGUUCUUCACCUUUUUUUCUGCUUUGGCGUCCCCCAUUACACAUUGGCAGAUUCAUCGCUGUACUCUCCAUUCUGCACCAGUAUAUACCCGUAGUAGAUUCCCCCUUAAACUUACUCUCUCUCGCUCCACAUACACUUUAACAGUGACAAUGCCAGGAACACCAAAAGAAAAGGUUUGUCUUAUCGGCUCGGGGAACUGGGGGUCUGCAAUAGCAAAGAUUGUGGGCAGAAAUGUUCUCCAGAACCAUGAAUACGAUAACGAGGUCCGCAUGUGGGUUUACGAGGAAAUUGUCCAGGGACAGCGACUCACAGAGCUUAUAAACACACGACACGAAAAUGUAAAAUACCUCCCUGAUGUGAAACUUCCCGAAAAUAUCGUCGCCGUGCCGGACCUUUUGCAAUCUGUUGAAGGAGCGACACUCCUGGUCUUCGUCAUUCCCCACCAAUUUGUGAAAGGAGUGUGUGAACAACUCAAGGGAAAAAUCCACCACAAUGCUCGGGCAAUAUCACUCAUUAAGGGUGUCGACAUAUCAAAAGGAGGGCUUCACCUUAUCUCCGAUCUGAUUAAGGAGAAUCUGGACAUCGACGUGAGCGUUUUGAUGGGCGCGAAUAUUGCCUCUGAAGUGGCAAUGGAAAACUUUUGUGAGAGUACCAUCGGUUGCACCGAUCGCCUUAACGGGGAAGCGUUCUGGAAGAUAUUCCACACUCCUUAUUUCCGCGUGGCUAUCGUUGAUGAUGUCGCUGGUGUGGAGCUGUGUGGUGCUCUGAAGAACGUCGUGGCCAUCGGUGCUGGGUUCAUUGAUGGACUCAAGAUGGGCGAAAACUCGAAAGCUGCCAUUAUCCGGAUUGGUCUUAUGGAGAUGAAAAAGUUUGCAAAGACAUUCUACUCUGGCGUAAAGGAUGAAACUUUCUUUGAAAGCUGUGGUGUCGCGGAUGUGAUCACCACAUGUUUUGGUGGCAGAAAUCGUCGUGUUGCGGAGGCCCGUGUACGGACAGGCAAGUCUUUCGAGACACUCGAAAAAGAAAUGUUGAAUGGGCAGAAGCUUCAAGGCACCUUGACCGCUAAGGAGGUUAAUGAGAUUUUGAGAACGAAGAAUAUGGUGGAACAAUUCCCAUUCUUUACCGCAGUGUACAGGAUUUGCUACGAGGGUUUGCCACCAAAGUCUCUUGUCGAGGUGAUUUAAAGAGUUGUAUGCUGAAGGGACAUCAUAGCAUAGGCAAGGAUAUCGUGAUUGAUAGCCAGUACUAUAGAGCAGCCUUUGGCAUCUAGCCCAAACGGUGACGAAACUAAUAGAGUAGCAGUAUCUAUGUCUAUCUCUCUUUGUAGAUAUGUGAAUGUGGUGCUGCCCCUGUGGGCUUCGUCCAUUUCAGCUCAACUGCGCUUGUCAACUGCUAGUGCUCCUGCAGGCUAUCGGUUGUGCUCUUCUACAGAGCUUUGAUUUGGGCUGUUCC